AUGUCUAAGGUAACAGAAGUAAUUCAGGGAGCUGAGGAAAGCCCCUCAGCCUUGUUAGAAAGGCUCAUGGAGGCGUACCGCACCUUUAUCCCUAUUGACCCUGAGGCACCUGAAAACAGAAGGGCAUUAAAUCUGGCUUUUGUCUCACAGGCAGCCCCAGACAUUCGGAAAAAGUUACAAAAAUUAGAUGGGUUUAAAGGAAAAAUUUAUCUGAGGGGCCAACCUAAGACCUUCUUGGUGGACACUGGGGCAACAUUUUCAGUUCUAAAACAAGAUCCGGGCCCCACCAGGCAAGGGGCAACCCUGGUGCAAGGAGGAACUGGGUCCCAGACUUGUAAAUGGACCACUGACCGACAAGUAGAUUUAGGCUGUAAAACUAUUACACAUUCUUUCCUAAUCAUGCCUGAAUGCCUACCGUGGAUUACUAGAGACCUACUGUAUAAACUAACAGCUUCUUUGAAAUUCACUGAAGGGGGUAUGCAUAUUAAAGUCGGCCAGGAUGGCCCAACAACAGUAAUGGUGACUGUGCCACUUGGGGAAGAGGGCCUGCUCACUCCAGUGCCUAAUGAAAAUGUCCAUGCAGUCGAUCCCCUCCUUAAAAGCCUCCAGGCAGAUUUUCCCCAGGUGUGGGCUGAAACCUAUCCACCUGGGCUGGCAAUUCAUCAAGCUCCCAUAAUAGUGGAACUUAAGGCAUCCGCACUUCUGGUAAGAGUAAAACAAUAUCCCAUGUCCCGGGAGGCUAGGCGGGGAAUCGCUAUUCACAUCAAGCGUUUGCACGACUCUGGCAUUUUGAUCCUAUGCAAGUCGCCAUGGAAUACUCCGCUCCUUCCUGUCCGGAAGCCUAACUCAUCUGAUUUCUGGCCAGUUCAAGACCUAAAAGCAGUAAACGCCAGGGUAAUGGACAUUCAUCCCACUGUACCCAACCCUUAUACUCUCCUUAGUUUUCUUCCCCCUUCUCAGGUGUAUUAUACAGUUCUGGACUUAAAAGAUGCCUUCUUUGCCAUCCCGCUGGCCCCACAAAGCCAGCCACUAUUUGCAUUUGAAUGGACUGAUCCUGAAGAGAGAAAAGCCGGACAGCUCACCUGGACACGACUCCCCCAAAGAUUUAAAAAUUCUCGUACUCUUUUUAAUGAAGCCCUGCACCAAGAUUUAGAGACAUUUCGGAUCUCCAACCCACAGGUAACUCUACUGUAAUAUGUUGAUGAUAUCUUGUUGGCAGCCCCUUCUCAUCUGAAAUGCCUGAGUGCCACCAAAGAACUCUUGAUUCUUCUACAAAAACUGGAGUACCGAGUGUCAGCCAGAAAAGCACAGAUGUGUCAUACUGCAGUGACCUAUUUAGGUUACAACCUUAAAGAAGGUAAGCGUUAUCUUGGUGAACAAAAUCGGCCUAUACUCGAUAUUCCUCAGCCUAGAACUCGCAAACAAGUCCGCAAGUUCUUUCGGGCAACAAGCUACUGCAGACUGUAGAUACCUGGUUUUGCUGAACUGGAGGCCCCUUUAUAUGCCACUCUCAAAGGAUCUCCAGAGUCCUUCACGUGGGGGGAAACUCAAACUAAAGCCUUACGAGAUGCUCUCAUAACCCCACCAGCCUUGGCUUUGCCAGAUCCCACCAAGCCAUUCCAUUUGUUUGUAGCCGAAAAAGGGGGGAUAGCCAAGGGAGUUCUGACUCAGCGCCUAAGACCUUGGCAGUGACCGGUGGCUUAUUUAUCCAAACGGUUGGGUCCAGUUGCUUGAUGGCCCCCAUGCAUUUGACAAAUUGCCGCCACCGUGCUUCUAGUUAAAGAUGCAGACAAACUAACCUUGGGGCAAGCAUUGUCUGUCACAGGGCCCCAUGAAGUGAAAGCUUUACUGCAGGCUCCCCCAGAGCGAUGGCUGUCAAAUGCUCAGAUUAUUCAAUAUCAAGCAUUGCUACUCGCAGUACGUUUUUGUGCCCCCACAACCUUAAACCCAGCCACUUUGCUGCCCGAAGGACAGAAUCCCCCUCUGCACUCUUGCCCAGAAACCUUGGCAACGAUCUCGUCCCUCCGCUCUGAUCUUACAGACGUUCCUUUACAUGACCCUGAUAGUAUGUUUUCAGAUGGCAGUAGUUUUGUGUUUCAAGGGCAAAGGUAUGCCGGUGCUGCGGUGACGACAGACCGUGAAGUUUUAUGGCAACAGACCCUUCCCCCAGGAACUUCAGCCCAAUGCGCAAAGCUCAUCGCACUAACAAAAGCCCUAAAACUCAGAAGAAACAAGUCAGUUAACAUUUAUACGGACAGCCGCUAUGCUUUUGCAACCGCGCAUGUACACGGAUACAUUUAUCAAGAGCGCGGUCUCCUCACAGCAGAAGGCAAGGCCAUCAAAAAUAAAGCUGAAAUUUUAGAUCUUCUAGCAGCCAUCUGGGAACCUGCGAGGCUGGCAAUCAUUCACUGCCCAGGACAUCAGAAAGGCGACUCCCUACAGGCAAUCGAAAACCGCCUGGCUGAUGCAGCAGCCCGAGAAAUAAAUCAGGGUGCAAAUAGGAAGAUUUCAGAAGCUAAAAGAGAUAGAGGAAUUGAGCCAGGCCGCUUUGGGGAAGUAGAUUUUACUGAGAUUAAACCAGGGAAAUACAGAUAUAAAUGCUUGCUUGUUCUUGUAGACACCUUCUCCAGGUGGGUGGAGGCGUUCCCCACUAAAUCAGAAAUGGCUCAGGCAACAGUUAAGAAAUUAUUAAAUGAAAUAAUUCCUAGAUUUGGGCUGCCUCUGAGCAUAGGAUCAGACAAUGGCCCGGCUUUCACAGCGCAGGUGUCCCAGGGUCUAGCCCAGGCAUUGGGAAUAGAUUGGAAAUUAUAUUGUGCAUAUAGACCCCGGAGCUCGGGUCAAGUAAAAAGGAUGAAUCGGACCCUAAAAGAGACCUUAACCAAAUUGUCCCUUGAGACAGGCGAAAAUUGGGUUGAUGUCUUGCCUUUUGUCCUUUUGCGAGCGCGUUGUACUCCAUUUGUCAAGGGAUUUUCCCUUUAUGAAAUUUUAUUUGGCAGACCUCCACCUAUCCUGCCGAGGCUAGGAGACAACGUAAUGGAACAGUUGGAACGGGACCAUUUGCUGGCUUCGCUCAUGGCCCUGCAACAUGUACAGAAGGAAAUAACCAGGGCCUUGAGAGAAGCCUUCACUCAUCCUCCUGUUCUUCCCCACCCCUUUCAACCAGGAGACUUAGUCUGGGUCAAAAGGCAUGAGCCUAAAACCCUGGAACCGUGCUGGAAAGGACCACACACCGUGAUUCUGACUACGCACACGGCCGUCAAGGUAGAUGGUGUCCGAACCUGGAUUCAUCACUCUCAGGUUAAGAAAAACUGUGUGAAGGCGGGAACAACCCAGACUGAUACAGAACCAGAUAACAAACAGCAACGGAAGUUUCAAAGGCACCCAGAAGAUCCUUUAAAGCUAAGACUGAUGCGGGCAUAA